GCUCUAUACGCGGACGUCUGCUUUGAACAAUUUGAUUCUGGAGUGUGAGGCGAACGAGACAAUUUGACUGCUAUUUUAAACCAGACACAAAACGCUACUCCCGACUACCAGAUCCCAACAAUGAUACACAUAACGGAGGUCGGCUAGGUCGUGACCUGAUGACCUUUGGCCAUGGCUGCCUGUUUCUGUGUGCGUCUUGGCAAGGAUAUUGUCAAGACGCUUGACUUUCGUCACUGCAAUCUGCGCUUCGUGCCAGAGGAGAUCUUUGAGUAUGACGAAACCUUGGAGGAACUCUUCCUUGAUUCAAAUGACAUCCGAGAGCUGCCAAGGGAUUUGUUCCAUUGUGAGCUGCUCAAGAAGUUUGGAGUGAGUGACAAUGAACUGGUUACCAUCCCUACUUCUGUGGCUAGCCUUAUCCAUCUUGAAGAACUGGAUGUCAGUAAGAAUGGUAUUGUGGAGCUUCCUGACAACAUCAAAUGCUGUAAAAAUCUCCGGCUGGUUGAAGUUAGUGUGAAUCCUCUAGGAAAGCUUCCAGAAGGGUUCACUCAGCUGAUGAACUUAAGUCAUCUCUAUCUCAAUGACACUCUUUUGGACUACCUACCUGCUAGCUUUGGGAGACUGGCAAGGCUCAAGGUGCUGGAGCUGAGGGAAAAUAGGCUCAAAGCUCUUCCAAAGUCCAUUUCAAGAUUGACAGAGCUAGAGAGACUUGACCUUGGGCAGAACAGCUUCAGGGAAAUUCCUGAUGUGAUAGGGUGUCUCACAAAGUUAACAGAGGUCUGGAUAGAUACCAACAAAGUGACACAGCUACCUCAGUCAUUUGGUAACCUGACUGAUCUGGUAUACUUUGAUGCAUCAUGUAAUCGUCUUGAAUACCUACCUGCCGAGAUGGAUAAACUUGAGAGCCUCACCGACCUUCAUCUCUCAAAGAACUUCCUUCAUCAACUUCCAGAGAACAUUGGUCAACUGAGUAGCCUGACGACCUUGAAAGCCGACAACAACCAGUUAGCUUCCCUCCCCAUCUCCAUCGGUGGACUGGUAUCUCUUGAGGAGCUCAUCUUGAGUGCUAAUGAUUUGGAGGAGCUGCCACCAAGCAUUGGCCUCCUGCGCCGACUACGCCACCUCAACGUAGACGACAACAUGCUGCAGAGUGUUCCCGCCGAGCUUGGAAGCUGCAAUGGAAUCACCUUACUCUCUCUGAGGGGUAACUACCUUCAGGUCCUUCCCGAUGAGAUUGGCCGCAUCUCAAAGCUGACCGUGGUCAAUCUUAGUAACAACCGUCUUCAGUCGUUGCCUUACAGCUUCACCAAACUCAAGAACCUGCAGGCAUUGUGGCUGUCAGAGAAUCAGUCCAAGCCAUUGAUUCAACUGCAGUCAGAGUUUGUAGAUCAGAUUGGAACCCGAGUCCUCACAUGCUUCAUGUUCCCACAGCGACCACAAGAUUAUGAAGAAGAUUCCUAUCUGAGUGACGGGGAAAGCUUUCAUCCAUCUGUGUGGGAGCAGGAGAGAGCCAAAAGAUCCAGGAUUAUAUUUGAUGUGGAAGAAUCAGAAUCUGAGCAUCAGAAGAACACGGCCAGGGCUACCACUCCUUACCCUAAGGAGACGGUGAGACCUCGGUUCAGGAUGGGGGUUGUUGCAGCCCCAUCCAACGGUCACAUUCCAAGCAAGAAACCACACCUCAAGGAUAAGGUCCAGAGUCCUCAGAUGGAACUGCUCCCAAGCAAGCCUUCAGUUGAUACAAGGGGUUCGAGACGGGUCCGAGGCAGACGAGAGCUGGAGCUGGAUGGGAUACGGAUCAGAGAGGCAAAGGUCACAAGGCCAAGGUCACCAGGGUCAACUAUUAGUGAUAGCCUGCAUCUGUUCCAGGCAGAUAAGGAGAAGAGAGCUAAAGACAAAGCACGUAUCCGUCGUACAUCAAUUGCUGAUAGCGAUACUGAAGGGGUCUCUCCCAAAGGAAAAGGCUUGUUCAAAAAGUCGAAAUCUGAUCGUGGAGCCCACAGUGACACUGAGGCCAUCGACCCCGAGUGGACAUCCAUGACCAAAAGCCAAAGGAGAUCCCUGACCAUUGAAGAUGCUGUCGUUCAAGAUAGAAGAUCUUCAGUGGACAGAAGCCAGACGCUGCCAAUGGAUAGCUAUCGGAAAAACGACCUCAGGAAGGACAGAACUUUCUCUAAGCCGAAUGGAAGCACAAGGCAUAAUGGGCAUUUGAAUGAGGUUGUAACUGAUUAUGGAUUUAUAGACCAAGGACAGAAUGAAGGGGAUUUUGUAGAUGGCCAAAGAACAAGAAGCAGUGAGAUUUUGCAGAAUGGGAGGCGAAGAAGCGAUGUGGUGUAUGGAAACGGCGAUGCAAGGAGAAGGAUGAAUAGGCAUGUGAACAAAGAUCCGAUGCAAGGUGGCACUCCUGUAUCAGGCAAUGUGGCCUUUCAUGGAAAGCGGAACUCGCACCAAAGACGAUCAGGUUAUGGAACCGAUCCGGAGCUGGAGGAGUUGUACCACCAUUCUGUAGGGAAAGAUAGUCCCAGGAUGCAGGUGGCCCAGUAUCAUACACCCCCAAGGAAACCUGGCUACUCCUCAGACCAGGACCAGCGCACUCCACAGGGUAGGAAGGUCGAUCAGGAUGGCAAUAAGCAAACUAGCAAUAAAAAACCUGAGCCUCAUCCGCAUUCAGGGUACGGUACUGAUUCUGAAAUCAUGGCGUACAAUGGACCGUUUGAUUAUACUCCUCCUGUGGAAGAUCAUGGAAGGUCUUCCAGGGUUAGUCAAAGAACUCAGAAGCAGAGUCGGAUAUCAAAGAGACAGCCUGAAGCUUACGAUGAUCGUAAAGGACAGUGGAUUGAUGGUAUAGGGUAUGUAAAAGAGACAAAUCCAGAGAAAGUGGUUGAAAACAAUGAGGAGGAUUUGCACUGGGCGUACCCGACAUUUGAAUCCAAUAAAGGAACUGGGUUUGAUGAUGAACCAAAAGCAGAGAAAAAGGAGUUCACUGAGGAACCAAGGGGUGGUAAUCAUGCUAGGACAAAUAGAAUCGACCAUCCUGGUAACCUUGGUAGACAAACUGUGGCCAGUGCUGUCUUGGAAAAGGGAGAUGAACACCCCAAGGAAGAGGUCAAAGUAGAUGUGUCCUCAGAGGUAGAAAACCACCAAGAACUGCAUUGGGAUAUCUCUGAAAUUCUUGGUAGUUCAAGUAGAACAACAGGGCAGUUGAGUACCCCUGGCUCAUCUCCUCAGAAAUCAAAGACAGGAACUGCUGGUAACCAGAGACCAUCAAACAAACAUAAGAAAUUCAGUUCAUCAACUCCAGAAAAUGAUAGACAGAAUGGGAAAAUUGGCACAGGUGUUAGCAGUGGACCUGUUCAGAAUGUAGGACAAACACUUGGGAAUAAUGUGGUGGCUGUAGAAAAUCAAAUGAAAAAUCUUGAACUGACAUCAAAUGUUGAUGUCCCUUGGGACGAAAGACCUCUUCCACCUUAUCCCAAGAAAAGAGAUCCCAACUCACCUCUACCUCCAAGCCCAGCACAGUUGGAUCACAGGGACUCAUCAACAACACCACCUGUUGUCCAAAAACCAGGUUCAAACAAGUUGCCACAAAAGCAGUAUUACCCAACAAGACUUCGAAGCGAUUCUCCACUGCCUCCCUAUAGCAAUAGAACCACCCCCAAGGAUGGUACCCCAAACACAAGAACACAUCUCAGGAACCAACCCCCCAAUCUCCACAUUGCAAACCAACAGAUCCUUCAGAGCCGAAAGCCUAGUGAGCUUUCAGGUAAUCAAAAGCGAGGAGCCAUUCCGACGUAUGAUGAAGCUGUGUUGCGACGGAAAGACAGUCUUGUUAAGCAGCAGUCCCAGUCCUUGAACUCACUCACCAGAGACAUAAGCAAGCAGCUGAAAGUGUACCCAAUUCCAGUGGCCGCGUCCAGUGAAGAGUUCUUGGUUGACAAACCGAAACAGGAGGCACAUUAUACAACUCAGGCUAGACCUUCCAAUGAACGACUCCAUGAUGAGAUGGAUGACUAUGAGAUCGUUGAUGGUUGGCAUCGGAACCAUCAAGGAAAGGAUCAUGAAUUGCAGGGGCAACCUCAUGACAGAAAACCUUGGUCAUACCCUGAUACCAGACAAGGACAAGAUAGCAAAUUGACAGGUGACGGUACCCAUUUGCACCAGAAUCAUAUGAGAUCAAAUACCCCAAGUAGUCAGAUCACAAAGAAUCCAUCGGAGAGAACUGAUACAUUGACAAGGCAACGUAAUACAAAUGAUGCUGGAUAUCAUCAAAGAGGGUACAGUCAAAGGGAAGACAUUAUUGAAAACUGGAAGCAUGAGGCUGAUGUUAAUAGGAACAUUCCAAGGGGAAAAUCUCCAUUACCGCACUAUGCAGCUCAUAGGACACCAACUGCCAAGGAAGAACUGCCACAUUCCUACACAGAUGGAAGCCCGUCGCAUCCUUCAGCUCCUGACCAAAGGUCCAGAGACAUUGAUCACACCAAUCAAGAAAAUGCCCAAAAGCACAGGGUCGAUGAGAAGUGGUCUUCUGAUUAUAAACAUUCAGUUCAAAACAGGCACAGUAAUGUUGAACGCUAUGACCAAACAGAAGUAGCAUUCGGCAGCCAAAGAGACAUCAACCACAACAGACCUCAAGACCCAGCAUAUGUCGGACAAAGAGACAAAGACAGUGGCCAGAACAGACCUAGCUACAACCAGCAGGAUGCUGUCCCUGACAGGUUGCAGUCAACACCACCCUAUGAGGAAAGACAGAGUCCAAUGGAGAGUCAGCAGCAGUCUGUUGAAGUCACUGAAGACAAUUGGAAGCAGCACCUGCUGAACAAGAUUGCCUCAAAGAACUUGGUACCAGGGGAUGACCACCAACAGACACCAGUUUCUAUUCGACGCCAGGGUGAGAGCACCAAGUCUACCGUACAACAGAGGAGACUGCAUGUUCUACGAGCAAGAAUGCAAAAUGAAAUGAAACCGAGUGAUGAAACCAUGGAUGAGGUCUUCCACUCUCCCUCUCUGCCGUCACGAUCCCCUGGCUUUAAAGCCCAGCCCCACACCCCGCCCUUCCACACCCACCAACACCCUCACCACACCCAUCAUACCAACUACCAAUCUCGGGACCAGCAACAUCCGGAGAGCAACGCUGGUGACAGGACCCGACCCCCUCGUCACUACCACCAUCACCAUCCCACUCCUGACACCCAGGAUUCUCCUGGACAGAAGCCAUGGCAGGAUGAUCAUGUACCAAGCAAAGGCCCUCCGCCGUCAUAUCACCACCCGAGGGAAUGGUCUCCGUCAACCUAUGGCAAACCUAAUACAAUAGACCAUGUUGAUGUAUCAGAAACAAGGAGAGGUACACCACCAGGCAGUUCAGGCAGCUCCACCACCGGUUGUAACGGGCGUAGCUUUGCCCCCUCCCCAAGCCUCCAGCGACGGUUGCCCCCCUAUCACUCUAAUACUCUCACCCAAUCCCAGUCUCCUCUUCCAGUGAGGCGAGUCGACCCAGAGGGCAUCGGGGGCCCCAAAACAAUCCCAUUGGUAAUCUAUAAAAACCCUGGUCUUGGGUUCAGCAUCACCGGAGGUCAGAACUCCCCAGGGAAUCCAUUCCAUCCUGAAGAUAUGGGUAUCUUUGUGACCAAGGUUCAACCUGAUGGCCCUGCAGAUCAUUGCUUGCUUCCUGGAGACAAGAUCCUGACUGUCAACAACCGGGACUUUGUGGACAUUGACCAUGAACAAGCUGUCCAGGUGCUCAAGAAUAGCAAUCCAGUCUCAAUGGUAGUCAGCAGAGAAACCUGAGGUCCUCUAGCCAACCAAAACAGGAGAAUUGAUCAUGAAGAGGAAGUCUUGGCCCACAAAACCAGCAACAAUGGUAGUCAGCAGAGAAACCUGAUGUCCUCUGUCAAGCUAAAACAGAGACUUUUCAUCUUGGAUCAUGAAGAGGAAGUCGUUACCAACAAGAACAGUAUCCCAUCAACAAUGGUAGUCAAUGAAAUGUGAGGUCCUCUAUCCAGUCAAAACAAGAGAAUUGAUCAUGAAGAUAUUUUGGCCCACAAGAAUUGUAACCCAGUUUCAAUGAGACCAGUCAGGAGAGAAGCAUGGAAUUCAUUAUUUAUUUAGCCUUCAAGAAUAGAGCUUGUUGACUCUGAUUAGUAGAAGGAAAUUUCGGUCCACAAUAACAACAACCCUGUCUAAAACAUUGUCAGUAGCUUAGCAAACUAUUCACAGUCCAGCCCUCUUGUCAAAA